UCUAAAAUAGACCACACCUUUUCAUUAAAGAUGGCGACUUGGUCCCAACCGAUUGGUUUUCACCAGUCUUGCUUAAACGAGCUCGCUCGCUCUCUGAGUCAAGUCAACAAGGCAGUAAAGGAAAAGGAGACACUGCUUCUUUCUCAUUGUCCUUCCUUGGGUCAGUCAGGGCCUGUUCUUCACUCUAGAGGUCUUAAUGCUGUUGUUUCGCUAGGUCUGUAUGCUCUACUAGAAGACAAAAAUGGAUGCUCAGUUAAUGCAGUAAAUUAUCUCAUUAAGUUGUUGAAAUAUCUUCCCAAAGCUUCUUGGACACAAUACAUUAGACAAGAAGAUGGACUGAUUGCUCAAGACUUCCAUUACAAACUUUCACUGAUUUUGUUGUCAAUUGGAGAAAAGUUUCCAGAGUAUUGUGAACAGGUUACAAAUGCCCUCCUUGACUCCCAGCAUUUACUAAUAGGAGAGGUCAUUAGUUGCUCCUCUCAUUCAAAGGACAAGUGUAUCCUUGAGCUGGUUCCCUCUCUCAUUGGAGUCUCCAAUACCUUGAAUCAGACAAAGGACCAAAGACAAGACUCACUCAGAGAAAUAUUUGGACAAGAAAUAACAAUGAAUGGAAAAGAAGGACAGAGCAAGUUUAGUUGCACACCACAGCAACUGAAAGACCUCCUGAAUGAUGUCUCCUCAUUAUUUAGUGGUACACACUUUGACACUCUUGAUCAAUAUCUCACUCAACUCCCUGAUCCUAAAUCAUACCCCUACCCAGUCAUCAGUCACACGCUCAAGUGUGCUGUACUCACUUCAUUUAAGAACAUCAUACUCUCUCACGGGGAAAAGGUUGAUGUCUCCUAUCGCUCCUCCUUGUACAAGUUCUGUGAGGACUUUUUGAAGUCCAGCAGUAGAUUGAUACAGGAGAAAGGAGGAGGUAAAGAAGGAGGGACAGUGUAUGAGUGGGUUUUCUAUAUUGUCAAGUCAAUGUGUGCUGCUAUUGAGCUAUCGGUCUGGUCAGUUACUGGAGCUGGUGAUUCUCUUUUCCUAUACAUUUCUAAUCUCCUAGCUGUUAAUGCUGGUAAAUUGAAUAUUGUUGUGUCUCCAUUAAGAGCGACCAUACUUGAGGGACUGAGUAAGCUGUCAGUUAAAUGUCCAAGUCUUGUAAAUGGUGCAUUGGCUAGACUGGUUGAUUUCUUGCUGUCUCCUCUGUUCACUCACACUUACUCUGACGCCCUCACUCUUGGCUCAAUCCCCACCAGGAUCACGCCUCAAGCUAAGAGACUCAGUCACGAUCCGUUCCCUUCUUCAUCUCAGAUUCACAUUUCCCGUGUUGAUAGUUUCCUCUUGACAUUAGAGGCUCUUGCUUCAUCUGUUGAAAGGAUACUAACAAUAGAUAAAGCUAAUAUCACAUCGUUCAUUGGUCAGUUGGGGAAUAAACUAUACACUGCUGAUGUAGUGGAAUUAACUUCAGUUCGUGCAGCUGAGUGCAUCAUAAUGUUGCUUGGUAAAGUGGGUGUGUCUCUGGGCAAUGAAGAAGGUGUUAUUGCUGGUAUUUUGGGCGUGUUCCGCCAGAGACUGUUUCAUCCAGUGAGCUGUCUUGAUGGAUCCAUUGUCACUGAAUUAGGUAACAUGGCAGCUGAACUUGGUGACUCAGAAAUACUUGAGGUUUUGAGUCGUUUGAUGAGUGAAGCAUUAGGUGUAGCCACUACUCCUUAUCCAACAUACUCAUCUCCUUCUAACCUCUCAAAACUAGCUUCUUCAAAACAGCCACAGCACAGAAGGAAUGACAGUCAGGACAUAAGCAACAAAUCAUACACGCAUAUAUUCCAGCCAGUGAUGGAUGCUUUGGUUUACGUAGCGACUCAUUUAAAAGAGAAAGACCAGCAGAUGGAGUUCCUUCAGAAGGUCUUGUACUCGUUUGUUAAUCAAGGGAUCGAAGGAAAGAGAGCCAUUGAAAGGAAGGACAUGUUUAAUCAGUUGAAAGCUUCUUCCUCCUCAUUUUCACUCGGUCUUCUCCUCCCAGUAUUAGCCACAUUGUGUAAGAACAUGGAUCCAAUACUGAUGCCAUCUCCUCGUGUACUGAAACUGUUCAGAGACUUCUGGUUGUAUUGUGUACUGUUAGGAUUCAGUGAAUCUGAUAGAGGUGUGUUCCCUCCCUUGUGGUAUGAUCAUGUUGCUGAUAUUGCCUCCAAGAGCCCGUUGCUGAUAGUCUCUGGUGCUGAGAAGUAUCUUGACAAGGAGCUGGAGCUCAACCAUCCACUAAAGAAAGGAGACAUCACUGUUGGCGAGUUACAGGAAGCAAGACUCUCAUUGCAGGAAUUGUUGGGACGUUCGGUCGAAUUAGAUAAACUUGUGAAUCGUCUCAACUUUGCUCAAUGCAUGUACUUGCACUCAAUAUCUCGUCUGGAAACACUCAGGAUAGAGAAAGAUAGUCGUUGUUUUUCAUACAUAUUUGAGUAUCUUGAUGAUAAAGGACUCCAGAAAGAAUUAUGGGUUGCAAUGGAGGCUAUUGCUGUGAAACUAUUUGACAAACUACUGGAUAUACUCAAUGACAAGCCUUGUACAAAGGAGAGGGAGAAAGAGUUGGAGAGUCAUGCUCUUCUACUGAUAUUCAAAUUUAAUCACAUCCGUGGGCGUAUCAAACGUCUUGCCGACACUUUUCUCACUAAACUAGUUGACAAGUUCCCUCAUUUGCUGUGGAGCAAACGUGUGCUUCAUACACUAUUGGACUUAUUACAGGAAUUAUCAAUACACGUUACAUCACAGGAACCUGAUAAAUGUGUAUUAACUGAAAUCAAACUAUCAUAUUUGCCACACACUGUAAUACUGCCUGAUGUUAUGAGUAAAAGAGAGUCUACUGUUAUUAAUUUCGCUAAAAGAUGUGGUGAGAUCAUUAAAUUUGCCAUGGAGUGGGUACCUACUCAAACCAAGUCAAUUUUAGAAGACUACAUUGCUGUUGAGAGUAACGUGUUACAAGGUUUACUGCAUCACAGUGGAGUAUCACUAGCUUCAUCACAACUAGCAUCUCACAUGCAGUACAAUACUAAUGCUGAACAUACUCCAAUUGCAGUGAUUAGUAAUCAUCCUGAUUGCUUGAAGGACACUCGCUCUCAGGCUCUCUCUUCUGUUGUAAUCCAAAGCAGCUUCAUUGGAAGAGUAAAAGGAGCCAUUGAACUCACUGAUAGCUCUGGACUGGCUGGUAUAUACAAUAACGCUAACAAGCAGUUGGUCCUAGCAAUAGAGAAAAAUGACUUGAGUCUAAUCACAACAGCACUCUAUAACAUGACAGCUUUACUGAUAUCUUGUAAAGGUUCUCAUGAAAGGACUACAUUACAUGCUAUUGUUCAUUUGCCAGUAAAAACAUUCAACGAAGAUGUUGUUACCAUAGCAACACAUUGCUGGCAGUGGCUCAUUGCAGCGUGUCCUGACCUGGAGUUUAAAUUCAUGAAAGAGUUUUCAGCAGCAUGGCAGUGGACCAUUACUGCCCAGAAGGGAAUGUUCUCUCCUUCUUCAAAGAAGAUCUCACCAAAAGAUGUUCAACCACACAAUGUCCUCAUUGAUUUUUUAAGUGAGAGGUUCCAAGUGUUCUAUACAAGCAAUGAGUCAUUGGUAUCAUUGACCAGUCAGAUAAUGCACCAGUCCCUUACUCUUGGUGUUGGGCCCAGUACUAGUGACCAGCCUCAGUUCCUCUCCCCCUCUAUAUCAGGAGCCACUCCUAGGUUCAAGUUCCUUACACUGGCCACUCAGUUAAUACGUAACACAACCCUCAUACCCAAUCCUAUUGACAGGAACUUGUUGAGGGAGAAGAUAUACAAUGCAACAAUGGAUUAUUUCUGUUAUCAGCCAAUGUGGAUAGUAGGGGAUAUUAAGGCAUUACGACAAACAAUGGACUCCUUGAUAAAGUUUUGGUCAGCUGUCAAGGAGAUCAAGAAUGUUGUUGCUGCUACUCAAACUUUUGAUACAGGACCAUCAACAUUACCUCGCAACAGUAGCUUCUGGCAGGCACUGGACAGUCCUUCUGUACAGGGUAGCUGGUUAAACACUUAUUCCAUUAGAGGAAGCAACAGUCGAUCACAAUCACUCAAUAUUCCAUUAAUGACUUCUACUGGUAAACGGAGUACAAUGGUGAAGAGUAGAGUACUACUCAAGAGACGUAAUCUUAUACUAGCUAUACUGCGUCAUGAAGUAGACAGAUUGAGUGCUUGGAUGAAUCCAUUUGGAGCAGCUGAAUUAUCAAUACCUGGUGAGGAUAACCUUCAAGCAUGGACCAAUCCCACUCAGACUGACAGGAACUGGCAGAACACAGUCACAAUGGCCUACCAGUCCUCACCUCAUCUAGCAUUCUAUGUGUACUAUAGGUUUAGAAGCAAUGAGGCAGUGACUAGAGAGUUCAAUCGUUUGAUACAGACUAAUCCAGUAGCAUUUAUUGAUAUACCUGAAGCUGCUCAAACGUUUGCCAGUAAGGAAGUUGUUGAAAAAGAUUCCAGAGAGUUGUAUCAUUUAUUGUAUUGGAGAGGCAUACCACCAGCAAUGGCAUUGAUGUACUUCACUAGACCUUACUCCAAUCAUCCCAUCACUGGACAGUUUGCUAAUAAAGCAAUGCAGAGCUUUAAACCAAGUGAUAUAGUCCAGUUCAUACCUCAAGUUGUACAAGCACUGAGAUAUGACAAACUUGGAUUUGCUAAGGAUUAUAUUCUAACUGCUGCACGUUCAUCACAAGUAUUAGCACAUCAGUUUUUGUGGAAUAUUCAAGCAAAUACUUAUACUGACGAGGAAGGAGAGAUCAAAGAGCCUGAAAUUGGUUCACUAUUAGAGCAGUUACAUAAAGAGAUAUUGAAUAAUCUAUCAGGAGCAGCUAAGAAGUUUUAUGAGAGAGAAUUCUCAUUUUUUAAGAAAGUGACUGACAUAUCUGGCAUUAUCAGACCUUAUCCUAAACCAGAGAGAAAGGAACAGUGCUUGAAGGCACUGAGAGAGGUUACUCUUGAACCAGGUGUGUAUUUGCCCAGUAAUCCUGAAGCAGUUGUUCUUGGAAUUGAUUAUGAUUCUGGCACUCCAAUGCAAAGUGCUGCAAAAGCACCUUUCUUAGCAAAGUUUAAAGUCCAGCCUUGUGGUAUUGCUGAAAUGGAAGCUCUCAACAUUCAAGAUGAUCAAACAUUAGCUGAGGAUCUACAGAAAUUUUUAUCAAGUGAUCAGUCAGUCUGGCAAGGAAGCAUAUUCAAAGUUGGUGAUGACGUACGUCAAGAUAUGCUUGCGUUACAAAUAAUCAAAUUCUUCAAAGACAUUUAUGAUGAGAUUGGCCUACAACUUUACCUAGUUCCUUACAGGGUAGUAGCCACAGCUGCUGGAUGUGGUGUAAUUGAAGUUGUUCCUGAUUCAAAAUCCCGUGAUCAGUUGGGAAAGCAGACCCAAGUCUCACUCAAGGAGUACUUUCAUUCAGUGUAUGGCGAUGAAGACUCAUACCCAUACCAGGAGGCUCGCUCUAAUUUCAUACGCAGCAUGGCAGCAUACUCACUAAUAACUUACCUACUGCAGAUCAAGGACAGGCACAAUGGGAAUAUAAUGUUAGACAAAUGGGGACACAUUAUUCACAUUGAUUUUGGUUUUCUCUUUGAGUCAUCUCCUGGCGGUAAUCUUGGGUUUGAGCCUGAUCUUAAACUCACUGAAGAAAUGCUUGAAAUAAUGGGAGGAAAGAAGAGCGACUCUUAUAAAUGGUUUCUUGAGUUGUGUGUUCAAGGGUAUCUUGCUGUAAGACCUUAUCAGGAACAAGUUGUGGCUAUGGUGACUCUAAUGCUAGACACUGGUUUCCCAUGCUUCAGAGGCAAUACAAUUGAUGAGCUAAGGUCUCGUUUUCGAAUGAAUUUCUCUGAGAAAGAUGCUGCUAGGGCCAUCAUUGAAGUUGUUGAGUCGGCAUGCUUGAAUUUUAGGACAUUCUCUUAUGAUCUCAUUCAAGAUGUCCAGCAAAACAUUUAUUAUCACAAGAAAAACUAAUUUAUUUCUCUAAAGUACAUCAUGUUUGCCAAUUGUUAUGCUAUUAUCAUUGUUAUUCAGUAUUAUAUAUUAAUUGGUUAUUGGCAUAAUUAUUGUGCCACAUAACUGAUUGCAGAAUUA